GGGAGGGUCCGCGGAGAGCGCGUUGUUGUUAAACUGUCCAUUCACGAGCUUAAAUGGGAGGUCUGUUGCUGUGGCAGCGCUCACGCGAACAGCCCGCCAGGCUGUGGGAAUAUAACCUCCGUGGUCGCAGAUAACUGUCCUGACUGCGUGUGUGACACCCCGCGAUGGAGGAGGACAACAGCGUCAUGCGAGACUUGAAGGACAUAGAGACGAAGUUGGGCCGAAAAGUUCCGGACAGUCUCUUUCGCUCUCUCGCCGGAGGGAAACACGACAAGUCCGCAGCGCCGCAUUCAGGGAACUGCAAAUGUUGCGCUAACUCUGCGGACAUAAAAAGACUGGAAAGCAAAAUGAUGUUUCUCAAACAAGAGAUGGCAAAUCUGCGAGCCAUUGACGUAAAGCUCAUGCAGCAGCUUAUGUCCAUCAACGAGGGCAUAGAGUCCAUCCGCUGGAUGAUAGAUGACAAAGGAAGCGUCGCCAGCCAUGACAGCAGCCUAACCGGCAGCUUAUACAGCCUGUCGGACAGCCAGGACGGCGCCUCGCUGCGAGGAAGCUUCAAUAGUUUGAAUGAUGGCAACAGUGACGGCCUGGAUGGUCUGUCUGUGGGUAGUUACCUGGACACACUAGCAGAGGACCUCCCGGAUGAACCCUCGCCUACGGACCUUGAUUGUUUUGUGGAUAAAACGGUGAUCGACGGCGACGCCUUUGCCAAAUCGCCUUUGAAACUCAGGGUGGAGUCGGAUGAAUACUACUGCUUUGGAUAAUAAUGAUAAGCUAAAUGUGGCGAUUACAGAGGGACUACUGUAAUUUGUGAAGAAUGGUUUUCAAAAGUAUUCUUCACUUUUAAAACAAAAUGCUAUUUUUUUUUUUCCUCAAAUUGUAGCGAGAUGUUAGCAAGUCUUACCUGAUGACUAAUGUUACGUUUUACUUUCCUGACUCUGUCGAAUCGACGCGCCUCUUCAAAGCGUUCACGCUUAACAUUCAUGUCUUAACACUUUAAACGCAGGUUAAUUGAAAGGGUGUUUUAUCAUGAUUCAAAGUUCUUGUUUUCAGCUAUCCAAUACCUCACUGGGUGUAUCUGUCACACUUUUUAGCCUAAAGGUAUUUUCAAAGGUGGGUGUGGAAAAAGUAGAAACAUCAACUGAACAGCCGAUUUUCCUCACUAUCUGUGGAAAACCCGACUCUGAGUUUGCGUCAGGUCAACCACAAUCAGCUGAUCCAGACUAGAUUGGGAUUUAGCAGCCAUUUGGAAAAUUGGACAUUUCAUGCUGAGCGAUUCUCGAGGUAAAACAGUUUCAAGUGAUUAGUCUAAGUGUCACAGCAAGUGCACUUUGCUUCCAUGCCAAAUCCUGAGCUCCACUGCUGUAUGUGUGAAACUUUUAGUUCUGCUUUUUAUUGUUUUUGUUUUGUUUACCGACAAGAGUUCCCAAGUCAAACUCUGCUCAGCAGUAGUAGUUAAAGCAUGUAGCCUAAAACACAAGAGAUUCGUUGCACAGAUUCUUGACUGAAAACCAAAGCAGUUUGAUUGUCUCAUAGAUAGUUUAGGGCCUGCUUUAACAGCAGAUGGGAGGUUUAUAAAUGAUGGACAUAUGUGGGACACAUGUUUUGCUCUGUGGGCAGAUUUUAAAUUCACUGUUGUUAAAGAACGGUUUAGCGAGAGCGAUACACCGCUGUACAUACAUGUGUUAUUUUUAGCUUUAAAGCUCCUGUGUUGACGUAUCUGACGUUUGUAUUCGCCUGCUUUUUAAAGCAAAAACUGUUUUUUGUUGUUGUUUUGUUUGAUUGCUGAUGAUCUGUUGUGGAAAAUGAAAUAAUAUAUUGUGAUUUUUCUUGCUCAUUGUGCUAAGUUGUUUUGUUUUUUCUUUAAGCAAAGAAACUUCUAAGUAUGAUGCAUUCUGAACCUUUAGGUCCCGUUUUUAGAAACAAACCUCAUUUUGGGAUCCAAAUGAGAUGGAACGUGAACCUCACAGUGCUCGCCUUUUUUAGCUGAUUGAAGUUGAGAAUAAUCUCUUAAUAAUGAGGUCAGACUCCGCGGUGCCCUGUGUAAUGUGCCGUGGAAAAUUACCCUUGUUAAUUCACAUUGUUAAAAACUCUAAAUUGGGCAAAUAGCUGUUUAUUUGUAACCUUUAAAAUAUCCAAGCUGUUAACAAAGGAGGAGUGUUUGGAGUCAUUUUCUUUGGCUGGCAUAAACUAGCGUUAUUAAAGAUGACAAAUCAUGCUGCCAGAAACUCACGAGUAUCUGUCAUCUGGCUGGAAUGACUGGACUGCAUCACUUGAGAGUAACUAAGGCAAACAAAGACGAGACAGAGCUAUUGCUGAAAUGCCAGCCAUGCAGAGUCAUUGACGGGCUGUUAUGUUAUUCUCAUUUGCAAUGCAUCGCGCUGGCUCCUUAUCUUUCAUGUGAUAAUUGCAGGUCCAGACGAGCUAUAGAGGGUAAGUCUUCAUGGGAAAGAUGAGAACCCUGCUCUCAUUGGCCUGCAAAUGAAUGAGUGGCCUUUGCCCACUGUACUUCAGUAGCUGUUACGCUCGCUUGGAAAUGCUGCCUUGCUCCCUUUGUCCACAGAGCUCCAUGUGCGCUGUGACGAAUGCUGUUUAGGGUGUUUACUAAACGGUGGCAGCAAUCUCAAGAUUGGACACAAAGGACACUUUUAAGUGUUACAUUAGGUCCAGACAGAUAUAAUCACUGCAUCCAGGCACAUUAAGCAUGCUUUUAACUUUGUCUCGCUCCAAGUGCAGAGCAGCUUUAUUUGGUUUUACGCUGCCUUAUCUCUACCACCCAGAGACUUCGGCGUAGCUAAAGACCCCUGUAAAGCUGAACCGGGCUGAUUCCAUUAAAACCAAAAGAUCCGCGUAAAUGACAGCGUGACCUUCAUGUCAGCAAUUCAAUUAAAAACAAAAAAAUAUUCUCUAAACUUUCCCAAAUGUAAUGUCCCAAAAAAUAUAUCCAUAUCCAACAACUGAUAGCUCAUUACUUGCAGGGAAACUGUUGAGACUAGAGUUAGUGGCCGUGAAAGAAUUGGACCUACCGAGCAGGUUCUGUCAGUUUAUGCUGAAUGAGUCUGAGUCAGAGUGUUGCAUGGUACACUACACAUGAAUGGCAGCUGCCAUUUGCCCAUUUUCUGUGGUUUUAACAAGUGUGCGUUUGCUACGUGAAAGGGACUACCAGUUGAUGGAGCUUUUAAGAUAAAGACAGCUGCCGUCUUUCAGCGCAGCAUGCAAGACUCAAACUUUCAUUAAACUUGAGAUUAAACUUGAGCCCAUCGUCAUACUUCAUUUCCUCUUGAUGCCAACAUGUAAUGACAUCUUUAGAAAUUUAAGCAAGGAAUGCUGCUGUCAGUGCUUUAUUACAGUCAAGUUUGCAGAUUCUCCCAUCAGCAGCGACGGCCA